AAAUAUAAUUGUCUUCCAAUAAUUCAUGUAUUUAUUUAAUCAUUACCCUAGUCACCCUCUCUCAAAUGAAAUAACCUUUGAUUCGUUUUUAUUCCAUGCAAUCAAAAUUUUGGAUUAUGGGCAGCACCCUAAAUAAUCCAAAAAAAGCCGCAUCUUUUUUCAUCCCAAAAAUUGUCAGAGAACGUUCUUCCUUUCACCAUAUUUUUCUUAGGAUGUAGAAGGUGUUGAAGGGUAGGAAACUAGAUUCCACGUCUUCGCGAUUCUUCGUGAUUUUGAGUUCAUUGGUUUGAUAAGUGUUGGUUAUUGGUACUGUUUAAUGUGUUUAUCGGCGUAAUUUCGUUGGUAGUUGUUGUGAAAUGGAGUCGAAACACGAAGAGUCGAGUGUGAUUUUGAAAUUGAUGGGACUUGAUAAAGUGGUUUCUCGAUAUGAACCUGUUAGAGAUAGACCGAAAGUUUUAUCAGAGGAUUAUUUGCAGAAAGUUGCGUCUAUUGGUGUUAGAAAGAAGCGUUCGUAUGGUCAGGGUGGUUCUUUAGAAAUGAGUACCGAUGAGAAGGACGGUUCUGACGAUGUUAUGAUGGCGGUUGAAACAUUAGUAAGGAGGGAAAAGAAGCAUAAUUCGUCGAAGGGAAAUGGAAAGGAGAAUUUAUCGGUGUUUCGAACUAAGGUAGAAGAUGUCCCACAGAAAUCUGAGCAGGGAGAUAUUCUGCUUCGUCCAGAUAAUCGGUCGCGAGGUGUUGUGCAUGGAAAAGAUGGAUUGUGUGAAACGUUUCGGUUUUCGAAAUUUCAAUUGGAUCGGAAGGAUUUAACUUUUGACUCGAGAAUUUCUGUUUCGAAAGGAAUUCCUGAAAGGGAAGGAGAUGGUAAGAUUAAAAGCAACAUUAGAUCUAAGGUUGGGUUUAGUUAUAGCUUUUCCAGAAAAGUGCCAACGACAAAACGUCUUGCUGAUAAUCGUGGAACUAUGACUAAGGAUGACUUGUUUCAGAAAUAUUGGGGUUUAGGUAAGAAUGUGUCCGCAAAUCGAUCGACCGAGAAGUCAGAUGAUAUGAACUUAAAGUUGAAGAAGAGAUGUUAUGGAAAUGAUUUGUUCGAAAAGGAACCAGUGCUUUCUCAAUUGUCAUGCUCUGAUCCUUCUCCUGCAUUCGUAGACAGUCAAAUCAUGCAGCAGACAUGCUUAAAGAACGAUGAUGUGAAGAACAAUGAAGACAGUAACAUGUCUAAGAAAAUUGCCUUCUCUCUUGAUUCAUCAGUUGAUUUCUCGGUGUCUGAUGUGAAGACUAAGGUUGUUGGCUAUUCUAAUAAUAUUCCAACCACGAAGCAAUCUGAAUCAAUGGCAUCUGUAAUGAUGCACGGAGACCGUGAUUCUGUAUGUCAUGCUUCAAAGCAACAGGAGACAUUGGAAUUUCAUGAAGGUUUUGUGUAUUCACUUACCACCGGGGCUGAUGCAGAUGCUGUCGGUAACUUCCACGAGGGAUAUGAACCUAGUCCAAUGUCAGUUUUGGAUUCAACAUUUAGUGAAGACAUUUCAGUUAUAUCUGAAUGCAGUGCUGCUGGUGUAUAUGAUUCCUCUGAAGUGGAUGAUGAAGAACUUGAUUUGAACGUUUCAAGUGAUGAAGAUUGCAGGGAAGAGUCUAUAGGCAAUUUCAAAGAGAAGAAAGGUAUAGUAGGCUUAUCUAGAACAGAAGAAAGUAGAGACUUCUCCUAUGUCGUUGAGGUCUUAACCGAAGCAGGUAUAUCUAAUGCGAGCUUGCUCAGAGAUUUUUCAACAUGGCACUCUGCGGAAUGUCCUAUUAGCCCUUCUGUCUUUGAUACCCUAGAAAAGAAAUUCGGCGAGCAACAGCUUUGGAAAAGAUCUGAAAGGCGGCUUCUUUUCGAUCGUAUUAAUUUAGGUUUGUUAGACAUUCUGCAUCCAUAUUUAUACGUUCCAAUGUGGGAAACACCCGUGUCAAGAAGAUUGAAUACUGAAUUGAGACAGGAUAUGAUUGAGGACGAUAUGUGGGGGUUGCUUGUUUCGCAAGAAAAGAAAGCUGGUAAGGAGUCAAUAGACGAUAUGCUUGGAGGGGAAAUUCGGUGGAUAGAAUUAGGCGAACAUGUUGAAGGUUUUGUUAGAGAGUUAGUUAGUGUGUUAAUAGAAGAGCUUGUAGAUGAUAUAGUUAGGUUAGAGAAUUUUUGAAAACUCUAGCUUUGCGUGUGGCGAUAGACUUUUAAUAUACACGAACAAUUCAUGAGUAAGUUUGAAUUGUCGAGGUUGGUUUUGAGUCGAUUUUUUCAGAUUGAUUUUGAGAGGUUAUAGAGUUUGCAUUAGAAUUUAGGUAUUGGUUGAUUAUUGAUUUUUAUGGUACAAUAUUGUAUUUGAAUUGUAUCCGAAAAAAGAAAGUUCUUGUGAUUUGUAUCCAAACAAGAAUAAGGGACAGUGCUUGUGAUUUGUAUUUCAGUAUAUUACAGUACUUUUGUGA